CACACACACACUCUCUCUCUCUCUCGCGCGCGCGCUAAAGAGACCAGCAUCCUCCUCCUCCUCCUCAUCUUCCCAUCACCGCGUGCACGAGCGUUCAGCAUCAUCACUGACAGCAGCGCGAGGGAUUCUCACACAAUGAAAGAAACGUGCGCAGCUUCAUCUGAAGGUGGCGUGUGAUGUAGAGGAGAACAGCACACGACUGUCUUAUAUGAUGUUCAUCGAUCAGAGACACUGUGUGGUGUUCUCCAGCUUGCCGUGAUCAGAAGUGUCUGUCGUUCUCCCGCUCCGUUCUGUGAUGAUGUCGCGGUACCAUCAGCGUUUUGAGAGGGAUUUCCGCAGCGUGUGGGAGCGGAGGGAGCGCUGCGGCUCCAACAGCGGCUGCGGUGGCACCGUUAACGGCUGCGUCUCCACCUCUGCCUCCUCCAUCCCAAACAACCGUCCCGGCCUCCUGCCCCUGCCUGUCAUCCCCUCACUGCUGCCCACCCCGGUCACCGGAGCAUCCAGCACGGCCAAUAACGAGCUGAGCUGCAAGCGAUUAGCCUCCACCUGCACCACCUCUGUGACUAAGGUCUCUGGGCACCCGUCGGCAGACACGCAGACUCAGGGCCAGGUCCUGGCUAAUAGUGUCCGGUGGGGACAAACACCCAUUAACCAGUCCACGCCCUGGGACACAGAUGAGCCGCCCGCAAAACAGAUGAGGGAGAAAGAUAUCACAGCUCCUCUAUGGCCACCACAAGUUGCUGCGGCUGUCAGCCAGGCUGGACUCUUGGCACACACAUACGCCCUUCAGCAACCACCCGUUUACAGCCAGGGUGUGACCGUCCAAGCACCCAUCGUCGGUGUGACCCCGGCACUCCAAACCCCACAUCCACAAUUACCCACACACUACCAACUCCCACAGCAGCCUUCACAGCCAAUGACCAACAUGGUCCUCAACAUCCAGAGCCAAUCCCUCGCCAUCGGUGGCCUGCCUCCAAUGCCCAACGUCUGCCAGAUCUCCCAUCCUGUCCACACGGUGGUGGGCAACGGCCACUUGACGCAUCCCAUGGUGCAAUCCGCCACCAUGAGCUCUUCGGCGCUGCCCACCAAUGGGGCACUAAUGAACGGCCAGCAGGAAAGCACCAACAACGGCCUGCAGAUGCUGAGAACGGUCGGAUUGGGGAAAUACGAAUUCACCGACCCCUGGCAUCCCAAAGAAAUGUUGAAGGAAUUGAACCAGCAGCGGCGAGAGAAAGAGUUUACAGACCUGAAAAUAAUUGUUGAAGGCAAAGAGUUUGAAGUCCAUCAAAAUGUUCUAGCUUCCUGCAGCUUGUAUUUCAAGGACAUGGUGAAAAGGUUAUCGGGAGAGAACAGAAACGGUGAGAAGAUGCAGCUGACAAUGAGCAACAUCAGUUCAGAGGUUCUGGAGCUUCUCCUGGAGUUUGUUUACACCGGCUCCCUCAUUAUUGACUCGGCCAAUGCCAAGACCUUACUGGAGGUGGCCAACAAGUUCCAGUUCAACACUUUCUGCAAAGUCUGUGUCUCCUUCCUCGAGAAACAGCUGACGGCUGCUAACUGUCUGGGAGUGUUGGCCAUGGCCGAGGCGAUGCAGUGCACCGAACUCCACAACAUGGCAAAGGCCUUCGCCCUGCAGAACUUCCCCGACGUGGCCGGUCAGGACGAGAUCCUCAACAUUUCCAAAGAAGACCUGGUCAGUUACAUGUCCAACGACAGCCUGAACACGAAAGCAGAGGAGCUGGUCUACGAGACGGUCAUCAAAUGGAUAAAAAAGGACCCCAGCAGCCGAGUGCAGCAGAACGGAGAGAAACGGACUGAACGGGAGGCGUAUCAUCCCGCUCCAGCUGGACAUCAGGGCUUCACGGCUCUGAGAAACCUAAUGCAGGUCAAGAUGAUGUUUUUGUGUUCGGGUGAGGUCAGCUCGGGUCCGUCGUCUCUCAGGUCUCAGGUGUUCUCUGGUGUUGUCUCAGUAGACUGGCUCACAGUGGGACGUUUCUUCUCACAGAGAGCUGCUGAACUCUGGUUCUGA